AUGGUGGCUAUAUUAACAAUACAAAUUUUAUCACUUAUAGCCACAUCAUUAACUAAUCUUAUUGGUAUAUUAACCUAUGCAACUGAUUAUUGGUCAAUAAUUGUUUAUGAUAUUGUUAAAUUACGUUCCUAUGCAAAAUGGAUUAUUAUUGAAGAGACAACUAACGGUAGUAUUCAUAUAAUUAAUAAUACUAAUGAUACACGAAUAUUAUCAAAUGUAAAUUAUAAAUUAUCAGCAGCUGUUAUAGGAAUUGAUGAAAAUUUAUUAUUAUUUUCAACACAUAAAGGUAUAUUUCGUCAAUGCAAUUAUUUAUCAGCUAAUAUACGAUCUCAAUUAAACAUACCAAAAUGUCAAGCAAUCAAAAUGGUUAAUAACCCAUAUGAUAAUCAUACUCACGGAGUGAAUAAUCCUGAACGAGACUCUAUGCGUCUACAUAAUGUAGCAGCGGCUUGUGCUAUAUUAAUUGUUCUUCUUCUUUGUACUGGUACAUUUAUUGGAAUAACUGUAGGUAUUCUCAAUAAUGUUGUUCUAGCUACAAUGACUGUCGGUGUAAUUUAUCUUAUUUCAACAAUGUUUAGUACUUUUGUUGUAGUUAUAAUGUAUACAAUAUUGAAUAGUGAACGUAAACAAUCGCAUUGUUCAACAUUAGAAACUUUAACUGAUGAAUUAUGUUCAUCACAAUCUAUUCAUUUAUCAUAUUCAUUUAUAUUAGGUUCUUUAUUUGUAAUUCUUAGCUUUAUCACAUCUGUAUUAUGGUUAUUUUUACAAGAAAAACAACGAAAAUUUGCACAACAUUAA